UAUGCAUCAAGCAUAGAUUUUAAUCAUCUUUAAGAAAUUUUUUAAUGCUUUGUGUUUGGAACGUUAUCACUAUCAUUAUCUAUGAAUUUCAAAAUUGUGGAGAGUUUAAGCAUGUUAACAUGAUCUUGAUUUUGCAGAUCAUUAUAAUAUAAACUUUGAAAAUCAUAGGUCCAAUAAGCUUUGAAGACGCAGAAGCAGCACGCUACUGUACUCCGCAGGCAGGACAAUGGAUUUUUCAUUGCAGUUUUUCUUCUCUUCUUUAACUAUUGCCUUCCUUCUUACUCUUAACAUUGCCCAACAACAGCCUCUAUACAAUUUCUGUAUAGAUGGUAGUGGUAAUUUCACCAGAAACAGCACUUACGAGACAAACCUCAAUAGCCUCCUUUCCGCUUUCUCCUUUAACACAGCAAAUGAUUACGGGUUCUACAAUUUUUCAUCUGGCCAAGGUUCGAACAGAGUUAACUCAAUUGCACUUUGCAGGGGAGAUGUGAAUUCAGGUGAUUGCAUCAGCUGCAUCAAUAACGCAACCGCUGCGCUCAGAAAUCUCUGCCCCAACCAGAAAGAGGCAAUCAUCUGGUACGAUAAUUGCAUGUUCCGCUACGCAAAUCGCUCCAUCGUUGGUGUUAUGGAAACCAACCCUGCGUUCUACAUGUGGAAUUUAAAUAACGUCACGGAUGUGGAUGCUUUUAAUCAGGCCCUGGGUACUUUGAUGGAUACCCUAAGAAAUAACGCUUCAUCGGGCACUUCCCUUCGCAAGUUUGCAACCGGAAGUAGAGCAGUUACAGCUUUCCAAACAAUAUAUGCACUUGUUCAAUGCACUCCUGAUUUGACCGAGGUUGCCUGCAGCUCUUGCUUGAGUCAGGCUAUUGGAUCUAUUCCGGUAUGCUGUGACAGAAAACAAGGAGGCAGGGUAAUUGGGCCUAGCUGUAAUUUUAGGUUUGAGAUUGAUCGCUUCUAUGAUCUCACCGCUGCUGAUAUACCAACACCAUCAUCACCGCCACCAACACCAGCAUCCCCACUAUCUCCCCCGCCCUCAAACGAUACCACAACUGCAACAGGACAAAAGAGUAAUUCAUCUCGAACUACUAUUAUCAUAACAGUCUUGGCUGUUGCUUUUGCGGUAAUUCUCAUUUCCAGCGGCGUCUUCAUCUUUUUAGGGGUGAGGAAGUCAAAGGUGAAAGCUGAAAAGCAUGAAGGAGCUGAAGCCGUGGAUGAAAUCAUAAGUGCAGAGUCCUUGCAAUAUGAUUUCAACACCAUUAGAGCUGCAACAAAUCACUUUUCUGAUGCAAAUAAGCUUGGACAAGGUGGAUUUGGGGCAGUUUAUAAGGGCACAGUUGCUAAUGGAGGAUUAAUAGCAGUGAAAAGGCUGUCUACAGAUUCUGGACAAGGAGAUCUUGAAUUCAAAAACGAAGUUCAGUUAUUGGCCAAGCUUCAGCACAGGAAUUUGGUUAGGCUUCAAGGUUUCUGCCUAGAAGGAAAUGAAAGGCUUCUCAUCUAUGAGUUUGUGCCUAACGCAAGUCUGGAUAAAUUCUUAUUUGGUAUGAUAUAUCAGUGUAUUAUAGAAUGUAUAGAACAAAGCGAAAGACCAACAUCCAUGUUUUAUUUUAUUAAUUCGGAUUUGUACAUUUAUGGUGAUGCAGAUCCAGUUAACCGUACAUAUUUGGAUUGGGAAAGACGAUACAAAAUCAUAGGAGGCAUUGCUCGGGGACUUCUCUAUCUUCAUCAAGAUUCCCGACUCAGAAUUAUUCAUCGUGAUCUCAAAGCAGGCAAUAUAUUAUUAGACGCAGAGAUGAAUCCUAAAAUUGCAGAUUUUGGCAUGGCAAGAUUGUGUGCAGUUGAUCAAACUCAAGGUGCUACUAAUAGAGUCGUGGGAACAUACGGAUACAUGGCGCCUGAAUAUGCAAUGCAUGGGCAAUUUUCUGUUAAGUCAGAUAUUUUUAGUUUUGGUGUACUACUUAUGGAGAUUUUAAGUGGUCAAAAAAAUAGUGCUUUCAAUAAUGGGAGUAAUAUAGAAGAUCUUCUAAGCUUUGCUUGGAGAAAUUGGAAGAAUGGGACAGUAAUGGAUCUUGUAGAUCCCAGUUUGAGGGAUGGUUCAAGAACUGAGCUGAUGAGAUGCAUCCACAUUGGGCUGCUUUGUGUUCAAGAAAAUGCAGCUGCGAGACCAAACAUGGCUUCGGUUGUUCUGAUGCUUACUAGCUACUCUGUCACUCUGCCACUACCCUCGCAGCCUGCAUUUUUUAUGCACAGCUACACUCAAUCAGGGAUGCCGUGGUCGCAGGACUUAAAUUCAGGGGCAACAGAACCCAGUGAAUCCAGAAAUGAAAUUGCGGUAGUCUCAAACAAUGACGUUUCAAUUACCGAGCUGCAUCCGAGAUAGCAAGCUGGUCACAUUUCUAACCAUUUGUGUGUCAAAAUUCAGUACCAUAAUCAUUCAUGAUUUUUAGAAAAUUCAGUGGUUGUCAGUUUGAGCUGAUUACCCUUGGACCAUACUUUUCAUGUUAUAAAUUUGCACAGAUGAACAAACAUAAAUAAAUAAAUAAAAGAAAAAAACUUGAGAUCUCCUCUUUUGACAGGCAAUGUGAUUGAUUUUCCACGGCUUUAUAAUUGCCACAAGGAAAUAAAAGUAAAAAUUCUUUGCUCUUUUUCCACUCACAGAGAUGGAAAUAAACUUGAAGCUGCACAGCUUAUCCUCUUCCACCACUCCCAUCUCAAUCAACUGCUGUCUCUUUUUGUUUUGUUUUGUUUUUUUCUAAAUUCUGAAUCUGCUUUGAUCUUAAACGUAGUGUGUGAACCGCGAAGCCCUUCUAGCAAUUUAGGAAAGAAAUUUAUGAAUAACCCAAAAUCAAAUUUUAACAUCUCCAAAAUCUAAAAGAUAAGUGUCGAGGCCUUAAAAGAAGUAUGUCAGGCUGCUAGAUUGGAGAGAGCUAGCCUUGUUCAAUUAGUUCCAUUGUGACAAUUACGAGUUUAGAUUCUUCAACACUUGAAUCCGUAGUUGAAGAAAAGAUAACGUAUAUUGAGAUUUACAUCUCAAAAUUAUAUCAAUUAAAUUAAAUUCGAAAUUAAAUAUUGAAUUUACACAAAAAAAAAAUGAUUAAAAAAAAAGUAGUCCAUCCAAUUAAAAUUACCCACCAACGGCAACAAAUGUUGGAUACUUUUAAAAAGUCUAUGGACCAAAAGUCAAUAGUCAAUAAAUUUAUUUAUAUUGUAACAAUUAACAAACAUCGACAAUCAUCUCCAAUUUUCUUUUAGUUUUCUUUUAUAUAAUUAACCAUCGUGUAUUUACAUUUACUCAGUCUCCAGGUUAAGGUCAGUUUUAUUGAUAACAAUAUUGAUAUUUUCCUUCCCAUAAGAAUUCGCCAAUCUCCUUCACCCACAUAUAGAUGCUUUAAUUAACUAGGAUGAAUAAUGGUCAAAAAGCGGUGACUAAGGAAUAAUGUGCCAUCUGCU